AGGAGCAGCGAGCCUUCCUGGCAGAGUGAGCUCCCAGCUGACAUGCAGCCACUCUCUGAAGGAACCUGACCUGCACAGAGUGGUCAGCAAGAGCUGGCGGGCUCCAGAUGAGGCUCUGAGCCGCACUGGCCUUUGUCCCUUACUUGUUUACUCGGGCCCUUGGCCCAGGGGCCAUCAGGGAACCUGCUCCAGGUUCAGAUCACCUGGCAACUUCCUGGGAAGCCUCUUUCUGUGCAGGUGACGAGGGGAGAGGACAGCAGGCGCCCAAGCUUGGACUUCUGGCUUCUGGGGAUGUGGAUGACACCCUGAUCAUGGUGGUCACCCAGCUGAACCUGGAGUUUCGCUUUCAGGGCAAGAAGCUGCGAGGAUUUAGCUGUGAGCUCAUCCGGUCCCCCCAUGGGGUCUUGCCUGAGACUGUCUUUUCUACGACAUGCCAGGUCACAGUGCCCAUACUGCUGUCUGGCUUGGGCAUGAUGGCUGCCGGCCUGAUGAUGAACAUUGUCCAACACUGGCCUGUGUUUGUGGAGGUUAAAGACCUUUUGACCUUGGUUCCACCCCUAGUGGGCCUGAAGGGGAACCUGGAAAUGACGCUGGCGUCACGGCUCUCCACAGCUGCCAACACUGGACAAAUUGAUGACCCCCAGGAGAAACACAGAAUCAUCAGCAGCAACCUUGCCCUCAUUCAGGUGCAGGCCACUGUCGUGGGGCUUCUGGCUGCAGUGGCUGCCCUGCUGCUGGGUGCUGUGUCUAGAGAGGAGUUGGACUUGGCCAAGGUGGCAUUGCUGUGUGCCAGCAGCGUCCUCUCCGCCUUCCUGGCGGCCUUCGCCCUUGGAAUGCUGAUGGUCUGUAUAGUGGUUGGCGCUCGAAAGCUGGGGAUCAACCCAGACAACAUUGCCACACCCAUUGCUGCCAGCCUGGGUGACCUCAUCACACUGUCCAUUCUGGCUUUGGUUAGCAGCUUCUUCUACAGACACAAAGAUACCUGGUAUUUGACACCACUGGUCUGCAUUGGCUUCAUGGCUCUGGUCCCCCUGUGGGUCCUCAUUGCCAAGCAGAACCCCCCAGUCGUGAAGAUCCUAAAGUUCGGGUGGUUUCCAAUCAUCCUUGCCAUGGUUAUCAGCAGUUUUGGAGGGCUCAUCCUGAGCAAAACCAUUUCUGAGCACCAGUACAAAGGCAUGGCCAUAUUUACUCCUGUCAUAUGCGGUGUUGGUGGUAACUUGGUUGCUGUUCAGACCAGCCGAAUCUCCACUUACCUGCACAUUUGGAGCACUCCUGGGGUCCUACCUCUCCAGAUGAAAAAAUUCUGGCCUAAUCCAUGUUCUACCUUCUGCACCUCAGAAAUUAAUUCCAAGUCAGCGCGAGUCCUGCUCUGUCUUGUGAUCCCAGGCCAUCUGAUUUUCUUCUAUAUCAUCUACCUGGUAGAAGGUCAGUCAGUGACCAACAGCAAGACCUUUAUUGUGCUGUAUCUGCUAGCAGGCCUGAUCCAGGUGACAAUCUUGCUGUACCUGGCAGAAGUGAUGGUUCGGCUGACGUGGCACCAUGCUCUGGAUCCUGACAGCCACUGCAUCCCAUACCUUACUGGGCUCGGGGACCUGCUAGGGACUGGCCUCCUGGCACUCUGCUUCAUUGUCAGCUGGGUACUGAGGAGCAAAGCCGAGCUGGAUGGCGUCUCAGAACUGGCCCCUGGAGCUCCAUGACCGAGCCCAGCAGCUGCAGUGGCUCAUAAUUUUCCCUUGCAGCAGGGUACACAAUGUUGUCUCUCCCUUACUGGUCCUCAGGAUGGUUGACAGCCUGCCUCUGCAGUGGCUAAGCAGAUUCACAUAGACUUUGACUUGGGCUGGUAAAUGAGCCCUGAAAUCAGGAGCUGUGCUUGAGAGUGUGUGAAGGUGAGCUUGCACGUGUACGCAAAACAGUGUUCAGGCCUGAAGCCCGCUCGGGAGAAGGCAGGUCUGGUGUGUGCACCCUGGUUCAUGCCUGUGCAGCCCAGAUUCCGAUGGUGCAGGAAGGAGCUCCUGUGUGUCCUCAGGCCACAGGACUACACCAUGUGACUACAGCAACUGCUGUCUUCACUAGGGUCCAGCUCUGGACCACACUGCUGGGGCCGACAAAUGUGUGUACCCUCCUCAAGGCGGGCUUUGCUUUCCUCUCCUCUCAUCUCAGCAUUAAGUUUGUUGCUGCUUUCUUUUUAUUUACCUUUUUAUUUGUUUAGUUUUUUUUUUUUUGUUUUGUUUUGUUUUAAAUAACUUUCUGUUUAGGUUUCAGUGAUCAGAGAAGUAUAAAAUAAAAUGGAUGAUGUUAUACUUGGCCUUUCAAAUCCUUACAUGUACCUAACAUAACUGGGAGACUUAAGGUUUUUGAGAAAACCCCCAGGCAUUGCUGUAAUGUGUUUCUCAAACUUGUCUCCAGCCUAGAAGCAUUACUGUUCCCAGAAAACUUGUAAGAAGUACGAAUUAUUGACCCUCCUCCACCCCUAGAUAUGCUGAUGCUUAGGUGAUUCUUAUGUACACUCUGGAGAAUCACUGCUUCACAACAUUGUCCUUUCUUAUGUUUUAUUUAUUUCUGAUUGACAUACAGAAUUUAUACAUAUUUGUGAGGAACUAAAUGAUAUUUUGGUUCAUGUCAUCUUUUUUUUUUUUUUUUAAAGUAUGCUCAUUUCCUGUUAUUUAUUAACACCCAGUAACAAUGUUAGCUGUGGUUUGGCUGAGGAUUAUUACCUUCAUAUGACAAAACAGGUUGCUUUUCAUUCAGGUAUGUUAAUUCUCCCAAGGCCCUAUGGCUAGUGAACCAUAGGUCCAGGAUUUGAAGGUAGGCCGUUUGGCUGAGACCCAAGCUAUGUAUAUGGUAAAGAGGUUGUACCAAGAAAGCAAAGAAUUUUCAUCAGGAAAUGGCAGCUGAAGCUGAGCUCCAAGGGUGAGUGGGAGGGAAUCAGCAUUGCUUCAGGUCUUGGGGAGGGUGAGGAGGGAAUUGGAGUAUUCAAGGAGGUGGACUAUAUUAUAGAUAAAGGUGAGACCGAGCAGUGGGCUCAGGGCUGAAGCUUGAGUUCCUGAAAUAUUUACUCACCAGUUAGGAGAAAGCAAUCCUGCAACAGGGAGACAAGAAAUUACAAAAAAAGAAAAGAACCAGAAGAGUAGUGUAUCCUGAAGACCAAAAAGGAAGGGUUUAUGGAAAGAGAGUUACUGAGAUCUAAGGAACCAAGAUUAUAGGGAUGUUUGUUGAAUUAAGGACCAGGGAUUCCUUGGUGAGACCUGAGGAAGACCUGUAGACCAAGAGGCACAUUAGCGAGGGAAUGAGGCAUGAGCUAGACUUCACAAGAUGAAAUAAGUAUUUUAGUAAGUUUGAUCAUGAAGGAAAGAGAGAACUUGGGUAAUACGAGGAAUUGUGUCCAAACUAUGAUGUCACUUUACUGUCCACCAUGAAGGUUUAGUGGGACCCACCCAUUGAGUUUGUCAUGGCCUCCUUGCCACAGAAUACAGGAACUUCAUUGGCAGGCAUUCCUUGAUUUUUCUUUGAUUUUGUAUCUUUUACCCCUGACAUUUGGAAUCUCAUAACUGGAUUUUGUAGGAACUGACACAGUUACUAGAAAUGGAAUCCAUUUUCUGAAGCCAAAGGCAAAUUACCAAGAGAAGCCUUUAGAAACUGUCCUGGUGCAGACAUUUUGGCCUGAUGUUUUGUCUAAUGCUCAGGACUCUUAGUUUACAAGUGACAGAGAUAUAACUCCAUAACAUGAGAAAACAAAUAAACUUCCAAAAUAGUGUUAGAUGGAUUUGGGUAACAGGGCUAGAAAUAAAGUAGGGACAGAGAUUAAAAUCAUCAAGGCUGGAUCCAGUUGCAGGAACAAAGUCAGCUUCUGGAAUGAGUUCAGCUAUAGAGCUGAGGUCAUAGCCAGGACAUUUGUGAGACACAGGGCAAUGAGAGAGGUGAGUCUUGUUCCUCAGUUGACAUCAUCCAGCUAGCAUAAUCCUAUCAAUUUCUGGAAUUUUUCUGGUAGGCUGAGUUGGGCACUGGACAUGCAUUUUUCUUUGGGGAAAGUUAGAUAUAAUGAUAGCUACAGAUUUAACUGUGAAUUCAUUGAGGAUGAAUCUGUGUACAGAUUUGAAGUCAUUAGAAAUAAACCUAGCUGUAGGGCUGGCCUGAUAGCUCAGUGGAUUGAAGCACCUGCUUAAGCAGAGUCCAGCGG